ACCCUUGCACUCCCAGGAUGGGGAAUGAUUAGCAAAAAAGAAAAAGGGGGAAGUGUGUGUUAGAAAUAAUAGCAAUAGCAGAAGCUGCAUUCGUAAGCACAAAAUUCACCGCUUCUGUUAAGUAUAUCGCACGCCGGUAUCUACACCUCUUUCAAUCUUCCAUCGCUUCCAAUAUCGAUCACUGAGCGUCACUCAGAGUUUAAGAAGAAGAAGGAGAAGAAGAAGAUAACCCUAGCGAUUUAAAUUUGAGUUUGUAAGGAAUGGCCUCUUACAGGCCUUUCCCUCCGCAAUCGAGUCAAAUUCAAAACCCUAUUGCAGGUGCAGGUACAAAUCAUCAGUAUAAUCAAAAUUGGGGUUCUUAUGGAGAUCCCUCUACUUCUUCAUUCCCCCAAAUCCCUCCAAAUUCCAAUUAUCAUCAACAACAACAACAACAUGUUCCAUAUGCACCACCUCCACCUCCUCCCAAUUCCCAUCACCCUCAUUUUCCAUACCCUCCACCGGCACCACCACCUCCACCGCCACCUGAAGCCUCAUACCAGCCUCCUCCACCACCACCUCCUAUGUAUUAUCCUCCUAAUAAUCAGUAUAACAAUCAGCCACCUCCCCCGCCGCCACCUCCUUUGUCGCCCCCACCGCCACCUCCCCCUGCUUCACCCUCGCCCCCUCUGGUAACUCAAAACAAUGAAGAGAGGCGUUUCAAGGAGCCUUCCACGUCUGGCAGGCGCGAAUACGAGCAUUCCAAUCAUGGCGUUGCUCACAAGCAGCACAAGCAGCCUGCUGUUCCUCCCGUGCCAGGGAAGAAGAUGAAUGGGCCGCCCGGCAGGCCUGAGACCGAGGAAGAAAAGAGGCUGAGGAAAAAGAGGGAGUAUGAGAAGCAAAGGCAAGAAGAAAAGCAUAGACAGCAGUUGAAGGAAUCCCAGAACACUGUUCUGCAAAAGACUCAAAUGUUGUCGUCUGGGAAGGGGCAUGGUUCGAUUGUAGGGUCUCGAAUGGGAGAAAGGAGAACUACUCCAUUGUUGAGCGGCGAGAGGGUUGAAAAUAGGUUGAAAAAGCCCACAACAUUUUUGUGUAAGCUCAGGUUUCGAAAUGAACUUCCAGAUCCAAGUGCACAGCCUAAGCUUAUGGCAUUCAAGAAAGAUAAAGAUCAAUAUGCAAAAUAUACAAUCACAUCUCUGGAGAAAAUGUACAAACCCAAGCUAUUUGUGGAGCCAGAUCUAGGGAUACCUCUGGACCUGCUUGAUCUCAGUGUUUACAAUCCUCCCAGCUUCAGACCACCUCUUGCUCCAGAAGAUGAAGAUUUGUUGCGAGAUGAUGAAGCAAUUACUCCUAUAAAAAAAGAUGGCAUAAAAAGGAAAGAGAGGCCUACUGAUAAAGGUGUAGCUUGGCUUGUCAAAACACAAUAUAUAUCUCCUCUAAGCAUGGAAUCGACAAAGCAGUCUUUAACUGAAAAACAAGCUAAGGAAUUGAGAGAGAUGAAAGGAGGCCGCAGCAUUUUGGACAAUCUUAACAAUAGGGAAAGACAAAUCAGGGAAAUAGAAGCAUCAUUUGAAGCAGCUAAGUCAGAUCUUGUUCAUGCAACCAACAAAGAUUUGUAUCCUGUUGAGGUUAUGCCAUUGCUACCUGAUUUUGAUAGGUAUGAUGAACAGUUUGUUGUUGCUGCAUUUGAUAAUGCUCCCACAGCUGAUUCAGAAAUGUAUGCUAAGUUGGACAAAUCUGUUCGUGAUGCCUUUGAAUCAAAGGCUGUUAUGAAAAGUUAUGUUGCAACGAGCUCAGAUCCUGCUAAUCCUGAUAAGUUUUUGGCAUACAUGACCCCAGCACCAGGAGAGCUGUCAAAGGAUAUAUAUGAUGAAAAUGAAGAAGUCUCGUAUUCUUGGAUCCGCGAGUAUAAUUGGGAUGUUCGGGGUGAUGAUGCAGAUGACCCUACAACAUUCUUAGUUUCAUUUGACGAUUCAGAAGCACGUUACUUGCCUCUUCCAACUAAACUUGUUUUAAGAAAAAAGAGGGCUAGAGAGGGAAGAUGGGGUGAUGAGGUUGAACAAUGUCCAAUACCUUCAAGAGUGACCGUAAGGCGGAGGUCUAGUGUUGCUGCAAUUGAGCGGAAGGAUUCUGGGGUUUAUACAAGUUCAAAGGGCAAUUCCUCGAAGAGAGGGGAUUUAGAAAUGGAUGAUGGUCUUGAACAUCAACAUAGAGUUGCACCGCACCACGACAAUUAUCAGUCUAGUGGAGGAGAAGAUGACAUGUCUGAUUAAUUAUUUAAUGCAAAUGCUUCUGCCUUAAAAAGAAAGUUGUCCAAUGAAGUGGUGGUGGGAUUGGCUGCAGAUAGCUGAACCUGUAGUGAUGCUUCAAUGAAGGAUAACAUAUGACAAAUCCCAUUUUUUUUUUAAAUGUGAUACAUUGCCUGUAAAAUUACACGUAUCUUUUAAGAUGGCUAGCCAUCAUUCCAUAAGGAUUUGAAUUUAGUCAAUCUCGAAAUGAAUUUAAAUUUUGACGUAUUAUAUCAAAUUAAUCGAUAUUGAGAUGUAUUGUGAUAUACACAAUUUAUGUUCAUAAUU